CCGCAGCCGCGCAGGGGCGGUGCGGGGCGGUGGUCACGUAGCUCAGGUUUCCCGCUGCAGCUGCGGCGCGUGUUCGUCUGUGCUCCUGAACUCGGUCCGCUGUCCCUCCGCCAUCAUGCCGAUGUUCGUCGUGAACACCAACGUUCCCCGCGCCUCCGUGCCGGACGGGCUCCUCUCCGAGCUCACCCAGCAGCUGGCGCAGGCCACGGGCAAGCCGGCUCAGUACAUCGCGGUGCACGUGGUCCCGGACCAGCUCAUGGCCUUCGGCGGGUCGACCGAACCGUGCGCGCUCUGCAGCCUGCACAGUAUCGGCAAGAUCGGUGGCACGCAGAACCGCUCCUACAGCAAGCUGCUGUGCGGCCUGCUGGCCGAGCGUCUGCGCGUUAGCCCGGACAGGAUCUACAUCAACUACUACGACAUGAACGCGGCCAACGUGGGCUGGAACGGCUCCACUUUCGCCUGAGGGCUGCGCCGGCCCGGAUCCGCCUACUUGGGUACCGCCUACCUGGGUCCAGCCCUGGGCCCCGCUGUCCGCCUCACCUCCAGCGACCCCACCUCCCGGGAGGGAAAAAUAAAUGGUUAGAGACUA